AGAAAAAUGCUUCCAAGUUCCUAGAACCGUUUUCAAGCAGCAGCUCGUCAUUUUACGUUUUACUUGUUUUGUUCUCUGCGAAACGAAUGGAGCUUUCUCUAACCUCUCGUCUUCUAAGCUGCAGCUCAUCUCAGUCACUGAACUCUAGGGUUAGGGUUUCUCAGACAACUCUCCUCCCUGCUCGCCUUCACAACUUUCUCAUCUCGACUCAUCAUCACAGUCGGAGACUGAUGGACGGUCAAAAAACACCUCGUGCUUCUCUGGUCGAAGACAACGGCUCUCCUACAACAUCUUCAACGAUUGAGACUGUUCGAAUUGGAGAGGUCAAGAGGGUUACGAGAGAGACCAACGUUUUUGUCAAAAUGAACUUGGAUGGUUCUGGUGUCGCUGAUAGUGAUACUGGAAUCCCCUUUCUCGAUCAUAUGCUGGACCAACUUGCUUCACAUGGUCUAUUUGACGUGCAUGUGAGAGCAUCUGGUGACACUUAUAUUGACGAUCAUCACACGAAUGAAGAUGUUGCCCUUGCCAUUGGAACGGCUUUGCUACAUGCACUUGGUGAUAGGAAAGGAAUUAACCGUUUUGGUGACUUUUCAGCUCCUCUUGAUGAGGCAUUAAUACAUGUUUCUUUGGAUUUAUCUGGACGACCACAUUUAAGUUACGAUUUACACAUACCCACUGAGCGAAUUGGAACAUAUGAUACUCAGUUGGUGGAGCACUUCUUCCAAUCAUUGGUUAAUACUUCGGGUAUGACGCUUCACAUCCGGCAGCUUGCUGGAAAAAAUUCUCAUCAUAUUGUGGAGGCAACUUUCAAGGCUUUCUCAAGAGCUCUUCGACAAGCAACGGAGUAUGACCCACGCCGUCGUGGGACUGUGCCAAGGUUUGGAGCUUGCUUACCUAAAUUGAAAGUUCCUCACAUGCUAAGUUCUUUAAUCCUCUGCAAGUCCUUGGGACCAUGGAUUUGUCAAAGUCAUACAACACUGGAUUCACUCAAUUCAAUUAACUAGCCUGCCAGUCCGAACCUAGUAGGUGAAUUGAAGUAUGCAAGAUUAACCAUGAAUCGUAUAAACUUAUUGUAGGAUUCUGAUUCAAACUUACAACUGAUGAUUUGGUUAGUAGUCAGUUUCAAAUCUGGUUCAGUAUGUCCUCCUUAUCUCUCUAAAGAAAUUCUCGUCUUAUUUUUUUUAAAAUCUGUUUAUCACUUCCAUUUUUUGUCUUUGCCUGUGCCUACUGAUACCUGUAUAUCCUUAUGUAUAUCAUCCCCACAUGGUCCUUUUAGGGAACGAGGAAGUAUUGAAUUAUUUAUUUGGUAUUUGCCAGCAGAUGUUAUGAUCAACUAUUAUCAGAGAUGCUUUUAUAUUUGUUCUGUCUUUUUGUGGAAUUAAACUUUCUUGGCUGUCCAAGUAGAGCUUGGUAAGUAAAACACAUUCUGUGUCACUGGACGUGUUUCAUAGUUUAAAUUCUGUGGCCUCUGUAUGUGCAGCUCUAAAGGGGUUCUAUCUCGUGCUUGAUUCUUUGUGAUCUUCAUCGGAAAAGAAGCGUAAGGAAUCAUCAAAUAGUCAAGUCUCUUCAUUUUUUAAAGCAUAUGACAAUUGAGAGUCUGCAGCUGUUUUUGAGGCAGUGCAAUAUAACAAAACAAGGCAAGAAAUAGCAAGCUUUGCUGCUGCAUUUGCUACUGUUAUAGAGAUGUUAUGGUAGGAGUUGUAGGCAGAAGGCUGCGUGUCUAUUUUAUUUAUAGACCCUGUCAAAGCUCCAAGGAUUGAAGCACAUCACUGUAACAUUUCACCAGCUGUGCCGCAUUCUGUGUGGUAACAUUUUUCUGUAUUAAGCACACCCAACCCCUCCUGAAAAUUGGUUUCACUUGUUUAUUAGUUAAAUUUUCGUUCAACUUGAGCUA